AUGCAUAACGCAUGAGAGCCAGUCGAUCUUUUCACUCCGUCUCUCUCCCUCGCUCUCUCUCUCUCUCUCUCUUUCCCGGGUGUAGGGAUCUCGAGAGACUCGCCUUCGUAUCGUGUACCGUGAACGGACGGACUGGGCUCCGACAGCCCGGCAAAGUGCUGCAGUUGUGGAAGUGUGAUCCGUGAUCAGAGUUCUAAAAGUGCGUAAAUGUAGAAAAUAGUGCACGUGCUUCGAUCAGUUCUCCAGUUAUAGCCAUGUCACUGAGACAUUACAACCGGGAUGUUAAGUGCCGAGAGAGGACAGUUUAAAACCUGAACAAGUGUCAAGUGUGAAAAACUUUAGUUUCCAGUUUGGAUACCAGUUGAGAAGAGGUUCCCUUUGGAUCAUUUGAGGAAUUAAGUAAGGGCGGCGAGUGCCGUGUGAGGCACUACCUCGUUCGAGGUAUCCAGAGUAUCAAGGAGUAGAUGGCUGCUACCACGUACAUGCCUGUUAGUAGUGCAGUGUCCUCAGACCUGGAUGGUGGUUCGGGUUCAAUCGGGAUGAACAUCGCCGUUGGUGGCUACUCCUCGGGCUCUCCCCGCAGUGCAGCCGACGCCGGGGAGAUGAAGUACAUGCCCGCGCCGCAACAUCAUCACCAUCAUCACCACCACCAUCAGGUGAAUUCCUCGCCCUCGCCAAAUGGACUCUCGCAUCCUGCAGCAAGUCUAUCGGCGGCGAACCCUUGGGUGAGUCUUCAACCAUCCGGGACUGAUCCCUGGGCUGCCUCAAUGGGGAUGCACCACACGACGCAUCAUCCGCACCAUCAUCACCAGGGAAACACGAGUCUGGACGUGAAACCUCUAACCGCAGCCUCUGCAACAAACGACCAAGGUAUGCACCAUCGAGGACCUCACCAGUCCCCCGGGAUGGUGUCGCCCCAUUCCUGGCACGCGCCCGUCGUCCCCUCGGCUCACUACAACCCGAGUGGAGGCGCCGCAUCGCCAACUACACUUCAGCAGUACCAUGCAGCGAUGAACGGAAUGCUCCAUCAGCAUCCGCACCAACAUCCUCAUCAGCUUCACAAUCACCAGUCCGGACUUCCUCAUCAUCUCAGGGAUGCUCACAAUCACUCGCCUCCGUCAGGACAUCCCCUUCAUCCUGGUCAUCCCCUGGACAGGGAUCACAGCGCCGGAGAAGAAGAUACCCCAACCUCGGACGAUCUGGAAGCCUUCGCGAAACAGUUUAAGCAGAGAAGGAUCAAACUGGGAUUCACUCAGGCAGAUGUUGGUCUAGCGCUCGGUACUCUUUACGGCAAUGUUUUCUCCCAGACGACGAUAUGCAGGUUCGAGGCGCUUCAACUGAGUUUUAAAAAUAUGUGCAAACUCAAGCCUUUGCUGCAAAAGUGGCUGGAAGAAGCAGACUCCUCCACGGGUUCUCCGACCAACAUUGACAAGAUCGCAGCCCAGGGUAGGAAACGGAAAAAGAGAACUUCAAUCGAGGUUUCCGUGAAGGGUGCUCUAGAGCAGCAUUUUCACAAACAGCCGAAACCUUCCGCUCAAGAAAUCACGAGUCUCGCUGAUAGUCUUCAGUUGGAGAAAGAAGUAGUCAGAGUUUGGUUCUGCAAUCGACGGCAGAAGGAGAAAAGGAUGACACCACCCAACACCUUAGGAGAUGGGAUGAUGGAAGGUAUGCCGCCGGGUCAUCAAAGUCAAGGUGGACUUCAUCAAUAUCAUCCGCAGGAUCACCUUCAUGGCUCCCCAAUGGGACACAGUCACAGUCCACCUAUGCUCAGCCCUCAGGGUCUCACGGCUCACUCGCUUGCGGCUCACUAGCGUUCACCGGGGCCUCCCCCAUUGGGCCUCGUCACUUCCCAAGCUAACUCUUCCGGAACGGAAUCAGUUCUACCACCCUUUUAUCACCACUAUCUUCAGGCAAGAUCUAGCAGCUACUCCAACUCGUAGCUUCAAUUAGCCAAUUCAAGAUUCUACUGAUACCAAGGAUACCAAGGUGGUAGGAGGGUUAAAAGAGUUUAGGGAAUGAUGAGACCAAACCGGUGCACCGGGGAGGCUUUCUCGCAACCAUUUAACGAAGCUCGUCACCAUUUGGUCUCCAGGAUCCAGAUUCAUCAAGUUCCAAGAAGAUAGAUUGCCAGUGGCAUCCAAAAUCUGCGAAAGAUUCAGAACCAGUGCAAGAUUCAGAACCAGCGCAAGAUCCAGAGUCAACGCAAGAUUCAGAUUCAUCGAAAUGAUGUGUGUCAUCAGUUUCCAGUUAAGAAGAUGCAUCAAGUGAUUUUUGUUCAGCCAGUUGGAUUGCCGUCGGAAUCAAGUGAUUUUGGUGUCGUCGUAGUUGUUCCUGUUACAGUCGACGGAUGCCUAGUCCGACGGUAAUGAAUCAACCAAGUGUCUAUCUUCAGUUUUGGUGAUUUGUGCGGGUCUUUUGGAGAACAAAUAGUGAACGAGCUCCUGUUAAAAAAAAUGUAAGACAAUGAACACUUUAUUUAAUAAUAAAAGAAAAAGCAGGACAGAUAUACAAAUAUAUUAUAUAGCAAACACUGAAAUCCGCGGACGGAAAGUACCCCGGAAAGUGCUGCUCGCCUCGGAAUUUGCUUGAAGCAAACUUGGCGCAUGUAACAUAAGUAAAUAUUGACUGUAAAUAAUGUACCAGAUAAAGCUAGUAAUUUAAGUGAACAGCGUCGUCAGAGAAAGGGGGAACGGAGGAAAAACACGUGCGGGAAGGAAAAAAAAAGUUGAAGGAAGACAAAUUUUAAAAGAACGAAAAUUUUGAGAAAGAAAGAAAUUUGUUAAAAAGAACAGAAAUUCGACGCGAGUGCGACCCUAGCGAAAAAAAUCCCCUUCUGUAUAAAGAGUAAGUAUAUAUGAUAUAUACGUACAUACGAGAAAAUAUAAAAGAUGAAAGAUUUUAGAUCAAUAUAUAUGAAUAUAAUUGUCUUCGUCAAGAUUAUGUCAGUUCCCUUCCAAGCCCCAAUUGUAACAAUAAUAAUUACCGAAUUAUUAUUGUCUUAUUAUUACUUAUUCUCUUUAUAAUUAUUAUAUUAUUACUAUUAUUAUUACUCUAUUGCUCGGGGCCGCGUGCAAAAUGAGCACUGUGCGAAAUUCAUUUUUUUCCCCCAGUUUUGUCGAUACUUUCAAGGUUUUAUCUUUUCUCUGCUUUUGACGGCAUUCCAUCUUUUUAGGUAGCGGAAAUUUUUAGUGAAAAAAAAACCCGUCGGUCGGUCUCACGUUUUCCUCAUAAUGCGCCGAAUGAACUUAUCUUUCAGAAAAGGAAAAAAUUCUGAUAAGAUUAUCUAGUAUGCAAAUUUUUUCCUUUUUUUUAGAAAUAAUCUAAAAUUUAGGAAAUAAUUACUUUACAAAAGUUACAUGUUUUUUCAUUUUGUUAUAAUACUACGAAAUGAAAUUUUCGUUAUUAAAAACUGAAAUUUGUUGACUACAAGUCUCGCAAUUUUCUGAUUCUCAAAUUUAGGAAAAGUUUUGACGGCAGAGAACUUCCGACAAUCUUUUGCAAACUUAUGACAAAAAUUUGUGAGAAGCUUUCGGGAGAGGAAUGUUUUUUUUUACAAGUUCUGGAAAUUUGAAAUUUUGAAAAUUAGGAAAUUUUUAACUAAACUUUCCGAAAUUGAUCAUGAAUUUACAAAACUUAUAACGGCACAGGACUUUCGAUUUUUUUUUUAAAUUAAGAAAAAAAAUGUCUAAGACUGUAACUUCACUAAUUUAAAGCGUACAAUUUUUACAAGUUUUAGAAUUGUAACUGAAAAGUAAGACAUUUUUAACUUAAUUUACCAAAAUUUAUCCUAAAAAUAAUGAAACUUUGUGCCGAAGUAAAACUUCCAAUAAUGUUUCGUAAAAUUAAAACAAAAAUCUCUCAAAGCGAAGCUUCCGGUAUUUAAAACGUGAAUUUUUUCAUUAGAAACUUAAAAACUGCAUUGGAAAUUACGAAAUUUUUGCCUGAAUGAACAAGUUUUAGAUUUGUAACUGAAUUUUCUAAAAAUUAUCUUAAAUUUACCAAACUUUUUACAUCAUUAAACUUUCAAAAAAUUGAACAAAAAUCUAAGAGUAAAACUAUUUCAAAAAGAACAAUUUGGUAAAAAGUUGCGGAAUUUAAUAGAAAAUUUCGAAAUUUUUAACUCCAUUUUCCUAAGAUUAUGGUAAAUUUAUGAAACUUUGUUGCCGACGUAAAACUUCCAUUUCAUGAAAUUAAAUUUAAAAAGUAAAUUGUUUACAAGUUGUGGAAUUGUGCGUGAUAAUGAGGAAAUUUGUGAUUAUAUUUUGGAAAAUUUACGAAACUUUGAACGACAUUAAACUUGCUCAAAGCAUACUUUAUUUUACAGGUUUUGAAAUUAUAACUGAAAAUCAGGAAUUUUUUACCUGAAUUUUUCUAAAUUUAAUAAAUUUUGUGCGGACGUAAAACUGUCGAACAUGGAUUAUCUAUUUUGUACAAGUUUCGGAAUUUUCAUCAAUUUACUAGAAAAUCAGUAAUUUGAACUAGAAAUUACGAAACUUGUGACUGAAUUUUCCUAAAUUUACAAUAAUUUUCCGAAACUCAUUUGUAAAAUUAAAGACAGAAAUUUCUAAAAAAAAUUAGACUUAUUCUAUAGCUUAAAAAAUUUUAAUUGGCGCACAGUCUCACUCUGCAAUUGGUCCCUUUAUUUUAUAUUUGUGUAAUACUAGUAUUUCUUUUUUGCCCUUGAGUUUUUAAAAACAAGGUUUUGAAUUUUGUACAUACUAGGAUCAUUCUGGCAUAAAUGGAAAGUCGGCCUCAAAAAGUUGCCAUUCGGCAAGCUUUUUUUUUAUGUAACCAAAAAUAAGUUAAAAAUGAAAAUCAUUUUAAAAUCUAAAUUUCAAUUCGGCCAAGAAACCCGUUUCUACGAAUCAAUAAACUUUUUCCGAGUGGCAGGAAAAGUGAGAAAAUAUUAUUCGACGGAAGAAAUUUGAGAGGCGAUCACAAAUUUAAAAAAAAAAUUGUUUUCCCGUUUGUAGCACUUUUGGAAAAAGGAAGAAAAAAUCACGGUGCUAGCUGGUCUGUUUGUUUCUCAAAUUCUGGGCAAAAAUUGAAAAAUUUGAAGUGAAAAUCCAUUUGUAAAAUAUUUAUCGGCAUGAGAUUUUUUAUUCUUUUAUCGAUUGUUGUUAUUGUUACCAUUUCUCGUUUUCGAUCGGCCCCGAAGAAUUUGAGCCACGUCGAACCUGUCCUUACCAAAGACUGGUUACGAAACUACAUUCCAGACCAGAUUUACAUUUUUUUUACUGAUACAUGAGUCAAAUUUAAAAAAAAAAAUAUUUCAAUAAAUUUCAGCUCUUAGAAUUGGAAAACUUAAAAAUAUUUUCAAGUUUUAUUUGUGACGUGGAACGCAGAAACGAGCCUCAAAAUCAAAAAAUCGAUUUCUUCGUUUCAUGUCACAUAAAAAUUAAAAUUUGACUCAUGUGUGAUUUUCAAAAAAAAAUUACUGUACUAAAAUUUGGAUGAAAUCAUAUUUGAAUUGUCCAAUGAAAUUGCCUCGGAGAAUUCUGCCGGGUUCGAAUAAUUUUAGACAAUUGUAAUAUUUCUGUUAAUACAAAAAAGUGGAAGUUAGCGAGAAAAGGAAAAAACGCGAGAGUAUCGAUCGUUCGUUAUUAUUAUUAUAUUAUUAUUACCUACUUUGGUUUUUGUUAUUUUAAUGAAACGUGUGUACAGAGAAAGUGAGUGGCGAUGUGAUUGAGUGGGGAGUGAGGGUUGAAUGAGUUUUCCAACCUGGAAACGAAUUUUGUCACCUGCGAUUGCCAAAACUAAAAAAAAAAAUUGUAAGGAUCAAAGAGUUCGAUUCUUAUUAUUUUUCAGUGAUUAAUAUUAAGUUAAAAACAAAAUUAUUUAUUAUCGAACUCUUUGAAUCUUUGGCACUCGCGACACUAGUACAAAGAUUCGAGAUAGAUAAUUAGAGAUGCGAAAAAGUCGUCGAAAAAUCUAGAAAAACCGACUCCUUCCCCCAUGUAUAUUAUUAUAUUAAAUAUUAAUUAUUAUUAACGUAAUAUAAAGAGAAUCUGGCUGGUAACGUUUUGUUAGAAUGGCAGAAACUAAAUUACUACUGAAUUUUAAUUAAUAAACGAGAUGAAAGUAUACAACAA